CAGAGGGGCCGGACAGCUGCUGAGGACGAGAGUCGGGAGUGAAAGCUGUUUUGGAUGGCCAGGUGCGUAGAGUUGGUUCUGGGUGUGACCUGCUGGCUGGGGGACCAAGAAGGUACACUGAGGAAGGCUCCCCUGGAGAGCCACAGGAGCCACCAGGGCCCAGCGCUUGGUGGGGUCAGGAAAACAGUUCCCGUGUAGAGAAUGAAAGGGACCCGCUGGCAGUACACUCGGCUGCCCACUCACAUGGAGGAUGCCCUGUCUGGGGAAGAGAGCGAGAGGGAAGAGGAGGAGGAAGACAAGAAGGAGGAAGCAGAGGCAGCCCCCAGCCCUGGGCCUGCAGACCCCAUGGAACCUCAGCUGACAGAAACCAGCCAGGUCCUGGGUGCCUCAGAGAUUAGGCAGCUCAGCUUCCACCUACCCCCAAGAGUCGCUGGCAGCCCCUGGAACCUGGUUUUCUGCACAUCAAGGGACGGUUUCAGUCUUCGGAGCCUGUACCGGCAGAUGGAGGGCCACAGUGGGCCAGUGCUGCUGCUGCUCAGGGACCAGGAUGGGCAGAUGUUCGGCGCCUUCUCCUCCUCCACGCUCCGGCUCAGCAAAGGCUUCUACGGCACGGGGGAGACAUUCCUCUUCACCUUCUCCCCACAGCUGAAGGUGAGGUGGGAGGGGCGGGAUACAGCCGCCUCAGGUCACAACACAUCUCUGCACAGGGACUGCAUCAGGGCUGAGCGCCCCAGUGCCAUGGCUGCCAUCUUUAGAUGUCCCUGGCUGAGAAGGGGAGGGAUGUUCUUCUCAGAUGCAGGCUGGAAAGACACGAUGGUCCAAGCACAGGACACUCCCAGGGCAAGCUGCCAGGAGGACAUGUCCAGUGGCAUCUUACCAAGCACAGGGUGUGAAAGAGAGAGAUGUCACAUGGUCCCCGCACUGUGGGACAGGAAGUCUCAGCUGCUUGGUAGAGCAGGACAGCUGGGCCGAGGUAGGCUGGGCCAGGACAAGGCUUGUGAGUUUCAAGGUGGCCAUUUCCACACCACAUUCUGCAUCAUAGCUCCUCAGCCAGGAGGGCUUGGGGCCCCAGCGUCCACCGAGCUGGGUGAGCAGAGGUAGAGCAGGACAAGGGCUGCAGAACUGAGGCUGGAUGGGAGCAAAGGAAGCCCCAGGGGGAGGAGAGAAAGAGGAUCUUGAUGGUGGAAAGGUCUCCCCAAGGGCAAAGACUUGGGACAGAGACAGCUUGAGCAGUGUGUGAGAGAACGGGGUACAGAUGGCAGAGAGGGACAGUGAAAUAGAUUGUAGGGACUCCUACACAUCCCUGGAGAGGGAGACAAGUCCUAGACCAGAAACCCUCUGAAGGUAGAAAGGAAGAGGCUCAUUAGACAAGGAGACUCGGAAAUCUCUCUGGGGUGACACUGGGACCAACAGGUAAGAAGUGGCCUUGAGGGGCAGGGGUGUCAGUAAGUGAAAAGGUCCUGGGGCAGGAAGGAGUCAGGUGUCCCAGGGAUAGAAAGGCCAGUGCAUCUCAAGUGCUGUAAGUUGGAGGAGAGUGCAGAGAGAAAAGCAGGAAUGAGUGCAGGCAGGGGUGCUAGGGCUGCCUAAGGACUGGACUGUAUCCCUCUUGUAUGGAGCCAUGGGAGGCCUUAGGGAGAAGACUGACAGUGACCUGGGGUUGGAAUAGUCACUGUGUCACAGUAUGGAGAUGGGCAAGGCAGACAGCGGGAGCAAGACCAGCUGGGAGGCUGUGGUCCAGGCAAGAGGUGGAUGAGGGCAAGGGGGGAGGGGACCGGCAGGACAGGGAUGGUGGA